AUGGCCCGCCAACCCAUGAGCAUGGAGGCCAUGCUCGACGAGGAGCGCCGGGAGGUUCUGGCGCUUCUUGAGGGCACAGCUUCUCGAGCAAAGAGUACAGGCGCUCGUUCUCCUUCCCCAUUCGGUAGCACGCGCUCGCCGGUGCGGAGCAUGCUUGAUUUUGGCGAUGAGCCAUCGCCUUCAGCGCAGAGCUCAAGCAGCAAGCACCGUCCGGCGCCUAUCAGGAGCAUGCUCGACUUCGAUGGCCCGCCAAAGCCCUAUCGGAGCAUGCUCGACCCCGAUAGUCCUCCGAGCACCGCAGUCAAGCCGCCAUACAGCGCAACGACGUCGCCGCUUGCGAGCCCUCGCGCCCAUCCCGUACCACAUGGGUCGCACCACCCGCGCAGUUUCUCAGAUGUCGCCUCCAAGCCUGCGGACUUUGGACCUCGGGCGAUGGCAUCUCACCCGAUCGACCCGACCGCUGGCUACCAAUUCUCGGGCAUAAUUACGAAUCAUGCCGGACAGGCCAUGCCCAAGCGAGUGACGCAAGGCGGCAAGAGAGGCGUCAUGUCGGAGAUCAUGCGAGGUGGCGACGUGCAAAAUCUGGUGAUACCUGGUGACAGAGGUCGUCACUACUCGGUGAGCGGUGCCUCUACCCACUCGACCAAGUCCAACAAGUCCAAGUCCCCGGGCCGUUCGAGCAUGCGGUCUUCCUCCCCCGGCACUCACUUGCUGUCAGGACGGCACCUGAGCCCCGCAGGCAGGGCAGUAUUGGAGGAGUCGACUGGAAUGGACAUGCAAAAUGCCUAUCGAAGGCUUUCAGACGCAAACCUUGCACGAUCGGGUGGCAGCUUGGCCGUCUUGUCGCAAAGGAAGCGAUCAGAGGAUGCAGGAUCUGCGCGCCUGAUCAAGGAUUACAUGAGUCCGGAUGGCGAGAUUCUCAACGAGGAGAGCACCGACGAGGACGUUAGCACUUCUGACGACGAAACAGCCCGUGGCCGCAAGGCCAGUCGGACACCUGAUAAUGGCAGUCUGAAGAGUCCAAGUAUAGAGCCGAAGAAGCGGACCUCGCAGAGCUUGCUCGCUGCGGCAGAAGAAGAACGCCUACAAGUAGCUGCUACACAGCCUCAGUACCAUUACAGGUCACUGCUUGAUGACCCCCAGAUUACAGUCACAAACCCUUCGGGAGAGAAAUCAAAGCCCAACAAGCCGGGGAUCCACCCCGUGACAAGCUUCGACUACAGCUCGGGAACGCCGGGCACACGGACCCCGAUAGAUUCGGACACUGAGCAAGACUUCACGGAUAUCAAGCGAGCACAGAAGCUGGUGAUUUCUAUGACGCCCAUACUAAGCUCACCUGACGCACACCGCGCAAUUAGGAUCAUUUACCGUGGCGAGUAUGCAAAGGUGGUGCAAGACGCGGAGAAUGAGAACCGACGGCUCAAGAAGUACAUUGUGGCAAGUGACAUGAGUGAGGAAUCAACCCAUGCACUGGAGUGGACGGUAGGCACGGUUUUGCGUGACGGGGACACGAUGAUCUGUCUCUAUUGUAUCGAUGAGGAGACAGGCAUCGUCAGUGAUAAUGGACAGGUGCCGGACGAGCCCAAGGCCAUCAAGGAGCAGGCCGCUGCCAUUAACGCCGUUGCCAACUUCAGAUCUUCAGUUGUCCUGAGCGGAAUUCCUGGUGCAUCGUCCUUGCUCCCGCUGAGAUCUUCUGAACCAGGAAGCAAAUCGGGCAGUGGGAGCGGGAGUGGAGCCGCGAGCGGGCCGCUGGCGUCUCCAGCCCCCAGCUGCGAGCGGACAAAAGCAGAGGAUGAGAGGGAACGGGCCAUCAACGACAUUACGGACAGGGUAACAAGACUUCUGAGGAAGACAAGGUUGCAAGUGCGGGUGAUCGUCGAGGUUCUGCACUGCAAGAACCCGAAGCACCUGAUCACAGAGGUCAUUGACCUGGUCAAUCCGACACUGGUGGUUCUCGGCAGCCGAGGGCGCAGUGCGUUGAAGGGUGUGAUUCUCGGUUCCUUCUCGAAUUAUCUAGUCACCAAGAGCUCUGUGCCCGUCAUGGUGGCCCGGAAACGACUGCGGAAACAGAGCAAGUACAAGCGGACGAUGGUGCCACAGGUCAACCUGCUCACCAACCCAACGGCACGAAGCCUCGCCAACGCAAAGAUUGACUAG